AUGGAAGAAAAGGAGAGCCUGAAAACUAAAACGGAAAAGGAAAUAACCCACCUUCAAACUGUGAAUAUGGAAAAGGAUGAGCAACUUGAAGAAUUUAAAAAAGAAGUAAUUGAAUGUGGACGAACGAUUGAAGGUCUGGAAGAUGAGGUCGUCUCCUUGAUGAAAGAAAAGGAGAGCCUGAAAACUAAAAUGGAAAUGGCAAUAACCGACCUUCAAUCUCUGAAUAUGGUGAAGGAUGAGCAGCUUGAAGAAUUUAAGAAAGAAGUAAUUGAAUGUGGACGAACGAUUGAAGGUCUGGAAGAUGAGGUCGUCUCCUUGAUGGAAGAAAAGGAGAGCCUGAAAACUAAAAUGGAAAUGGCAAUAACCGACCUUCAAUCUCUGAAUAUGGAGAAGGAUGAGCAGCUUGAAGAAUUUAAGAAAGAAGUAAUUGAAUUUGGACGAACGAUUGAAGGUCUGGAGAAUGAGAUCGUCUCCUUGAUGGAAGAAAAGGAGAGCCUGAAAACUGAAACGGAAAAGGAAAUAACCCGCCUUCAAUCUGUGAAUAUGGAAAAGGAUGAGCAACUUGAAGAAUUUAAGAAAGAAGUAAUUGAAUGUGGACGAACGAUUGAAGGUCUGGAAGAUGAGGUCGUCUCCUUGAUGAAAGAAAAGGAGAGCCUGAAAACUAAAAUGGAAAUGGCAAUAACCGACCUUCAAUCUCUGAAUAUGGUGAAGGAUGAGCAGCUUGAAGAAUUUAAGAAAGAAGUAAUUGAAUGUGGACGAACGAUUGAAGGUCUGGAAGAUGAGGUCGUCUCCUUGAUGGAAGAAAAGGAGAGCCUGAAAACUAAAAUGGAAAUGGCAAUAACCGACCUUCAAUCUCUGAAUAUGGAAAAGGAUGAGCAACUUGAAGAAUUUAAGAAAGAAGUAAUUGAAUUUGGACGAACGAUUGAAGGUCUGGAAGAUGAGGUCGUCCACUUGAUAGGAGAAAAGAAGAGCCUUAAAGCUGAAAUGGAAAAAGAAAUUAUGGACCUCAAAGAAGCAGUGACUAACCAGCAGGAAAUGAAUUUGGAAAAGGACGAGGAAAUUGAAAAGUUUAAAAAGGAAGUGAUUGAAAUUGGAAAGAAAAUCGAAGGUCUGGAAAAUGAGGUAUUCGAGUUGAUGGAGGAGAAUCAGAGGAGGAAAACUAAGAUGGAAAAGGAAAUAACAGACCUCAAAGAACAGUUGAUAAAAAUGCAGGAUAUGAAUUUGGAAAAGGACAAGGAGAUUAAAAUGUUUAAAAAAGAAGUGAUUGAAAUUGGAAAGACAAUUGAAGGUCUGGAAAAUGAGGUAAUCAAGUUGAUAGAGGAUAAUCAGAGGAUGGAAAAAGGAAUGACCGACCUUAAAGUAGAGUUGAUUUACCUGCAGGAUACAAAUUUGGAAAAGGACAAGGAGAUUGAAAAGUUGAAAAAGGAUGAAAGAGAAUUUGUAGCGACAAUUGAAGGUCUGGAAAAUAAGGUCAUCGAGUCAAUGGAGGAGAAUCAGAAGAGGAAAACAGAUAUGAAAGAGGUAAUGAACAACAUCAGAGAGUUAAUCAAAGUGCACGGUAUAAAUAUGGAAAAUGAUAAAGAAUAA